UGUGUUUAACCCUUUCGUUUCGUCUUUUUUCUCUCUCUCCCACACACGGUGACGGGUCGGCCACGGCCACACCUCAACGCCGGUCUCUCUCCUCUCUACCACCCAUACCGACUCACCGCCGCACAAGCCGUGACCACCAACCACCAUCCGUCCGGCCGAGUCCGGCCACUACACUACACUGGUUAGUCUCUAUUCUCGCCUUUCCCUGAAACCCUAUCGUUCUCCGCCGAUACAGAUCUAGGGUUUUGCCGCUUCGCUGCCCUUCAGCCGCAACGGCUUCACGGUCUUCGACUCCAAGGGCAACCAUCUCAUCCGAGUGGACAAUUACGCCUCCGACCACAAGGGCGAGUUGUUGCUUAUGGAGGCAUCCGGCCACCCGCUCCUCACCCUCCGCCGAAAGCGGCUGAGAUGAGCUGAGCCUGGGGGAGCAGUGACAGGUGUUCGAAGGGGAUGAUGGUGCCCGGGCUCGUAGACGGCUCCAGAGAGGUUUGAAGAGGAAGCCGAUGGCAUUGAUCAAGAAACCGCGCAAAGCGGUGAAUGUUCAGCAGGCGUCAGCUAGCAACUAGUUGCAGUCAAGCCGCUUCAGGUGAACUCUGUACAUGCAUCAAGUAACAACUAGUUGCAGCGAAGCAGCUUGAUGGGUCCUCCUGUGGUGACACCUGAAGAAGUGUUGGAGACACUAAUGAAUGAUGGGACGAUUGAUGCAAUCAGAUCGAAGAUAAUUAAUCAGCUUAAAGCUAAUGAAGAGCUGAAAAAUACAACCAUCUCCAUGGUUGAGCAAAGCAAAGUUCUGAAUACCCCUGGAGCAGAGAAACAGACAAAGAGGGAGCUUUUUGAUGCUAUCAGGCGUGAACUUGAGGCACCUGUGCUUGAGAAAGCCUCCAAAGCAGUUUGGGAGUUGAUUCUAGAUAACAGCGGCUUAGGGAAAGAGAUUACAGCAACUGUAGAAAAGGUCUAUUACAGAUUGAGUGGUCAGGAGCCACCUCCACCACCACCUCCACUGCCACCACCACCUCCACUGCCACCAUUACCACAGCAACCACCGCCACCUCCACUGCCACCACUACCACAGCAACCACCGCCACCUCCACCGCAGCCACCUGCAAAUGGCACCCAUGUGGAAAGAAACAACUCCUUGACACCGUUAAAGAAAAGAAAUUUUGCACAAAUGAGCGCACAGGGGGUGGGAGAGGGCAUAAAUGGCAGCAGCUCGGCUCCUCCUACAUCUGAGGUCUCGAGUGGAAGCCAUUCUUCAAUUUCGAGACCCUAAACCUUUAGCAUUUUCUGUCAGUGUAGUUGUGCAUGGCUAGUUGAAGAUGGAUAUGACAUAUAACUAAGUUACUAACUGUUAACGAUUUGUUGGUGCUUAACUCUAGUUGCGGAAUUUAAUCUGUGCUGAAUCUUGCUUCA